AUGGGUCGUCUCGGGCUGCUCUUUGAGCUGCGGCACGCCGAGACCAGGCCAGGUGAGACAGUGACUGUUGUUGGGGCACGCUCGGAGCUCGGAGCUUGGGACUGCUACACGUCCGGCCUGCAGCUUCGCACUGGAGCUUCAUGCUAUCCCUGCUGGGCAAUGUUGGCACCGGUGUGGGUCUCGCCAGGAACAGAUGAUUCGUCGGCAUCUUUGUGCCGCUCACAGGACCUGGACACUCCAGGACAUUCCAUUGCUAGUCCGCGAAUUGUACGUGAUACGUCUGUCAUCCCAGAAGAACCCGAAGUGGUUUCUAGCGGUGACAGUGGUGAGGCAGAGGCUUCACAAGCGUCAAAUUUCAUCCACAUUGAGUACAAGUAUGUCAAGGACCGGCGACAAGUCAAGGAUUGUGGACCCUCCAUCCAAUGGGAGGACAGUAUAGCCAAUCGUUUAGUGAGUUUGCCCUUUGAGCCGGGAAGUAUCUGGAUCAUCUCUGACUCGAAGUUCAACGAUGUGAGGGAACAGCCCAGAAUCACUCGAACAACUCUGGUCGAGAUUUUGGCGCGUCGCGAUAAGCUGGACAUGGAGUUCCGGCAUUCCUUGCAGGAUGUUUCUCACUCUCCGGAGUGGAGCGGACGAGAGCCGGAAGACGACGGGCCGGGGACCGCAUUAACUGUGCUCAGAAUCAAUGUUGCAGGUGGAACGAGUCAGUGA